UACUGACCUGCGCAGAAGUGUUGACGUAACACAUGGCGGGCAAAAUGGCUGCUUCCAGUUAGAUUGAAUUUUCAAAAUUUGGUUUGUCAGGGUUUUUACUACGUUUGCUGGAUAUAUUGACAUUUACUGUGACGUUUAAGGCAUCUGAUAGACCACGUGUUUCAUUUGAAAGAUAUGGCAUCACUUGGACUGGGCGGAGCGGGGGCGUCAGCACAAGAGGCCCUGGAGGCUGCUGGGAAACAGAUCGACAGGAACAUCAUAGCGGACAGGCAGUAUGGAGACCUGUCGGACCUGCUGAGGGUCGCCUCACAUGGAGCGCCCAGUAUGAGUGGUGUGAGUGAGCUGGACUACCCUGCCCUGGCAACCCUCCACCCAGCCCUGGCUAACCUGCCUCUCCUCAGCCCUGUCAGGAGGGUGCCUCUCCCACCAGAGCUGGUCGAACAGUUCAGCCGCAUGCAGUGCAAUUGCAUGAUGGGAGUGUUCCCAGAGAUCAGCAGGGCGUGGCUGACAAUUGACAGCGACAUCUUCGUGUGGAACUAUGAGGACGGGAGUGACUUGGCCUACUUUGAUGGGCUAAAUGAAACCAUUCUUAGUGCAGGUCUGGUCAAACCAAAACCAGGUAUAUUCCAGCCACAUAUCAAGUUCCUCCUGUGCCUGACCACUCCAGUGGACAUUGUUCUCCUGGGAGUCAGCUUUGCCAACUCUCCUGAAGGUGCAGCACCUGGAAACCAGUAUGCAGAGAUGCACCUGUUGCCAGACCCCCUGUUCUCCAUCCCCUCUGACAACACCUACAUCCUGAGUGUGGUGGGAACAGACAAGGGUCGGAUCUUCCUGGCUGGGAAGGACGGCUGCCUGUAUGAAAUAGUCUACCAGGCAGAGGAGGGUUGGUUCAGUAGGCGCUGUAAGAAGCUGAACCAUUCUAUGAGUUCCCUGUCCUUCCUGGUGCCUUCCUUCCUCACUUUCUCAUUCUCAGAAGAAGACCCAAUAGUGCAGAUUGAGGUAGACGACAGCCGCCAUGUCCUGUACACACGGACAGAGAAGGGCACCCUGGGAGUGUUUGACCUUGGUGCUGAUGGGACGGCCAUGGGGCGGGUCUCCUGGAUGAACCAGUCCACUAUUGUACAGUAUGCAGCAAGGAUAGCCAGCACCAUUGACAGGUCCAACUUCAAGUCUAUUGUGCACAUCUCCGCUGUUCCCAAUACAGACUCUACCAACAUACACCUGGUAGCUGUAACUCAAACAGGAGUGCGGUUGUAUUUUACGACCAGCUACUUUAACCAGCCCCAGGCCCGCCCCAGUAUCCUGGCCCUGGUGCAUGUCCGCCUGCCUCCUGGGUUUACUGCUACCGCUGCACCUCAGAGACCAACCAACAUCCACUCUGCCUUCUAUGGGAAAGGUUCCACAUUGCUGGCCUCCUCUCAGGCGGAAGACUCAGACAUGUUGUGGUGCCUGAGUACGGACACUUUCCCCUUCCAGAUCCCUCUCAUGGAGACACAGGUCACUCUUGGUAUUGACGGGAGGACUUGGGUUCUAACAGAGGUGUCAGACGUGGAAGACUUUGGGAUCUUUGGGCCCAAAAAUGGAACUCCUCCCCCCAAGUCCAUCCCUCCAGUUGUAGUGAACCAACACUGGUUACCUCCUAAGAGAUACGUGGUGCUCAGUGCACAGGGAAGCUACUUGCUGAACCAGCUGCGACCGGUUGACCAGCUGAGGCAGUUGUUGCUAAGCAACGGUGGACCAGACUGUGAGGAGGUGGAAGCCUUCUUCAAGCUGCUGAAAGACGAGCAGGCCUGCGCCACCUGUCUGAUCUUAGCCUGCUCCAAGGCUGCCAGCGACCAGGAGGUAUCAGAGUGGGCAACUCGAGCGUUCUUCAGGUUUGGGGGUGAGGCCCAGUUUGCCUUCCCUGUGGCUCCAGACAUCACUAACAUGGGGCAACUUCCAGACAUAGGGAUGUCCCCAAGCCCCAUGCCAGGUGCACCCAGCCCUGUGCCAGGUCUGCAGACACCUGCUGCCUCCUCAGCACUGUUCCAGAGCACACCCUCUGCAUUUGUGACAUCCACACCAGCCAAUCAGCAGCUCCCCUUCAGGUCACCUGACCCCAGCAGCACAGCUAUUGGUCCAGAGGUGAAGUUCUCGGGGAAACACAAUGGCAUCUGUCUGUACAUGGCCAGGAUUCUGGGGCCACUGUGGGAGAGUCAGGUGGUGUUCGAGACCAAACAGCAAGGCCAACAAAUGUUGUGCAGUACAGUAACAGGUGAGGGGCUGGGUUGGGUCCUGGACGAGCUGAGAGGUCUGAGAGACUUCAUGGAGAAGAACGCGCUCUCCUCGGGUCCCGCCGCCGCCAACGGGUUCGGAUCGCCUCGCAACAUCCACCAGAGGAUGCUGGGAUUCCUGCGGCCAGACGCGGGUGUGUCAGGUGCUGGCCAGGUGCAGCAGCAGCUGCAGAGGAAGUAUCAGACUGAGGCCCAGGGUGCAGAGAAGGCCUCCCUUGUGCAGGUACAACAGUUGGUACAUCGGACAUGUGAGGUGCUGGGACUGUGGAGGGCGCUGUGUGAGCACCCCUUCCAGGUGGUAGCUGCUGGGUUACCUAAGGAGAUGCAAAACCAACUCCGUGGUCUGCGAUUCAGGGAUGUGAUUGUGAAUGGAAAGGAGAUCCUGAGUGCUCUCAUCACCUGUUUGAUCAACCGUUACCUUGGUGACGAUGCUACAACAGAUGCCAUCAGCUCUCGUCUGAGGGAGGUCUGUCCCUCUCUCUACAGCACUGAGGACGCAGUCUGCUCUAAGGCCCAGAGGAGAGAUCCCCAGGGACUGGCCCUGCACCACUACAGGAGUGGGGAACCACCGGAGGACGCACAGGGCAGCAUGGCUUUCACUGCAAGGCUGGAGUGUUACAAGUGUGUGACUGAUGCCCUGGGCCAGCUGGUGACCAUCUCCCAGGAGCACCCCGGCUCCCCCAGCGUGCCCAACCGCCCCGGCCCCCCUCCCGACACCAGGGGCAGGCUCAGUGCUGUGGAGGCACAGCAGUAUGUUGACCAGAUGAUGCGGCUGGCGCUGAAGUCGGAGGAUGAGCUGUUCCAUGUGGCGCUGUACGACUGGCUGGUCAGCACCGGGCUGCAGGACAAACUACUGGAGAUCUCGUCUCCCUACAUCGAGCCUUACCUAACACGAGCAGCCCAGUACCAAGGUGACAACAUCGCGACCUAUGACCUCCUGUGGAAGUACCAUGAAAAAAGCAGAAACUAUUCAGCAGCUGCACAGAUCCUGUCCAAACUGGCUGAACGACACAGCACUGAUGUGGACCUGAAGCAGAGGAUUGAGUAUCUCUCCCGCGCUGCCAUGUGUGCUAAGAGCAGUACGCAGGCAGGUGGCGCUGCUGAUGGAGAGUUCCUGCAUGACCUUGAGGAGAAACUGGAGGUUGCGCGGCUGCAGGUGCAGGUGUGCGAGGCCCUGGCCAGGAGCAGCUCCAGACUACCCCGGGUACAAGAGGCACUGGGGCAGCUCAAUGCUGAACUGGUGGACAUAACAAGGCUGUAUGGUGACUUUGCCGACCCGUUCAGACUGUCCGAGUGUAAGCUGGCCAUCAUCCACUGUGCUGGGCACCAUGACCCUACCCUGGUGGAGAGUCUGUGGCAGGAGAUUGUACAGAAAGAGCUGUCCGAGUCAACUGGAAGUCCUGCUGACACACGUAUGACCAUGUUGGGGAACAAACUGGUGAAGCUGGGCAAAACAUACGCUUCUUCUGACAGGUUCUUCCCACUCGCAUUCUUGGUGAAACUGUUGGAGAAGACUGUUCUGGAGCUGAACUUUGAUCAGAAGUGGGCCUUCUCCACCCUGCUGACCAUCCCUGUACCAGUCUCCAAACUACUCACUAUCUACGACAGACUCUUCAAGGCUAAGGACCCAUGCUGGCAGGCAGCAAGGCGCCCACUCCAUGUACUCGAGGCCAUCUUCUUACUACUGACCAAAUAUGCCACAGAACCAUCACUUGUGCCAGCUUAUGAAAGAAAGCCUGUGUUGGGUGGAAGUUAUGUCAAGAACAAGAGACGUCAGUUCACCAUGUUCUGCCAGGACUGUAUAGCCAGCUACCUUGUUGAGCUGGAGGCUAUGAGUAGUACGGAGGCCGGGGUACAGGAGCUGGUGCGGAACUUCAGGGGGCUACAGGCCAGGCUGGAGAGGCUGUCGUGACCUUUGUAGGGAAUCUAAUCUGUUGUCGUCAGAAUUUAUAGAAUAACACAAUAUUAGGUGGAUGUACUUUGGAAAGAGCAUAUGUACAGAGGGUGGUCAACAAUGUUAUGACAUUGGAUAAAAGAAUGUUAGUAGUACCAGAAAGUCAAAUCUAGGAUUAAUGUAAGUACUAAGGAUAGGACACUGCUGGUUAGCUAGAGUGCUGAGGAUGCUGUUACUGACAUGGAUAUUUGGAGGAGGUUCAAAAGAUCCUCUUAAAGCACAAAUAAUCUUUUCGUGGACACGUCAGAUUUUAUCAUUUAGUACACUGAGUAUCAACAACCACCACACCAAAGCAACAUUAAACAGGGAAUGAUAGAUUUGGUCUCAAGUAUUCAGGGAUCUUUUGUACCCUAUUUCCUUAUACAAACUGCUAAUGACUUAUAGUGCCAUAAAGAUGAAAAAUUUAUGAGUCUCAACAUCGUGUAAAAUCACCAAAGGAAAAAUGAUGGUCUGAUUUGUGUAAAGCUAAUUAUGACUUUUGUUUCCUAAUGGAAGUAAGGAUUUAGGGAGUCCUGAUUAGCUUUGUAUCUUGGCUGAUCACCUGUUAACUCUGUUAAUGUCAUUUAGACAGCUGCCAUGGUUCAUAGAGGGAUAGGAAGAAAAAGUUAACUUUGCUUACUGCAUAUAAUUACUGUAAACGAUUGAGACAUUGUUUUUCCUUUUGAAUUUGUUGUCAGUGUCCACAAAUUUAUCCUUAAGUGCCAUAUGUUGGAGCAUGUGAUAAAUUUUGCAUGUAAUGCACUAUUAAAGUAUAAUUGGUCCUGUUUUUCCGGGAGAGCUAAUGGUAUCCUAUGUAAUUACAACAUAUAGCAGGAGAUUGCCUUGGAGCAUCUCCCUUCUGAAAUGCAAUGUCACCCUAAUGUCAAAGGGAAAUUGGAAUUUCUCAUAGGUUCAUAUUUUUGACGGAAGCCAUUCCUUUUCCUGUCAAGUAAAUCUUGUUUUCUGUACAAUAUUUCAUGACAUUAUGUAUCGAUUCUACUUGUGGUGAUGGUAAAACGUAACUGGAAGACCAUUUAGAAGAUUUUGUAGUUUCCUGUAGGUUGCUCGUAGGUGGUCUGUACCCAUAAUGAAUGUAAAGGUUGGUGCUGUAAAACUGGGAUGAAUGCAAAUGAGGUUGGCCUUUUUCAAGUAGGAAUGAUUUAGUAUGACUUAAACUGUGAACUUUUGCGGAGAUACUAGCUAAGCCUUCAACGGCAUCUUAUGUACCUAUAACAUUCCUGGGAGGUUUAUAUUGGGGACAUAUUUUGUACAACAAGCAGAGCCCCAACUUUGUAAUGAAUCGUAAUAAAAAAGGAGAUUUCAAAGGCUA